ACCGCGUGUACAAUAAUAUGGAUGGACUUUAAACAAGGACUACUUGUCUGUAGGUUUUUCCAAAUGAUUUAUACAGCUAAAAUGUGUAACCGCGCGUAUGUAUAAUCGCUCGGCCCUGCCUUAAAGCAUCUUCAGCUACUGAGGGGGAAAAAAUAUGCCGCUGUAAAACUUUUCAGUGCUAACGAGAGAAAGGGAGAGAAUUGACACGAUGGGUGAGGACGAUAAAACAGAGUGAAGAACUUUUCUUACGGCCCUUCGUCAUCAAGGAGGAUGAGCAUGAUUGCAUAGAUACCAUCUUUUAUUGGUUCAAGGAAAAGAGACACAAGUUUUGGACGAAGUAUGGCGCGAGAGACCGGAGAGUCUGGAGAAACGAAAAGUACCAAAGUGAAAAAGCAUAAAAGAAGGAAAAGCAAAAAGGAGAGCAAAACCAGGAUUGUACACGCCAACAUUUUGUAUGACCAUACCAAAGGAGGGGAUAACCCCAACAGACACUAUGCAAACAAUAAGAUCAAAACCACAAAAUACACUCUGCUUUCUUUCCUACCGAAGAACCUCUUCGAGCAAUUCCACCGAUUUGCCAACGUGUAUUUUGUUUUUAUAGCCUUACUGAAUUUCGUGCCUGUGGUCAAUGCUUUUCAACCAGAGUUGGCUCUUGCCCCUGUGGUUUUUAUUUUGUCCGUUACCGCUAUUAAGGAUUUAUGGGAAGAUUACAGACGACACCGCUCGGAUAAAGAAAUAAAUCAUUUGGACUGUCUCGUUUACUGCAGGAGUGAGAAACUGUAUGUGGAGAAAUACUGGAAAGAGGUGCGGGUCGGAGACUUCAUUCGUCUGCGCUGCAACGAGAUCCUGCCGGCGGAUGUUCUGCUGCUCAGCAGCAGCGACCCUGACCGCCUGUGUCACAUUGAGACGGCCACACUGGAUGGUGAAACCAACCUCAAGCAGAGGCAGGUGGUGCGCAGCUUUAUCGACCUGGACUGUGAGUUUGACCCAUUAAAAUACAACGGUGUUAUUGAAUGUGAGAAGCCCAACAAUGACCUCAACAGAUUUCGUGGAUACAUAAUCCAUCGCAGUGGGAGGAGAGACGGCCUUUACAAAGACAAUCUGCUGCUCAGGGGCUGCACCAUCCGCAACACAGAGGAGGCUGUAGGAAUCGUCAUCUAUGCAGGUCAUGAAACAAAAGCAAUGCUGAACAACAACGGCCCUCGUUAUAAACGCAGCAAACUGGAGCGGCAGAUGAACAUAGAUGUGUUCUGGUGUGUCAUCAUCCUUCUGGUCAUGUGCCUCUUUUCCGCCAUCGGUCAUGAAACAAAAGCAAUGCUGAACAACAACGGCCCUCGUUAUAAACGCAGCAAACUGGAGCGGCAGAUGAACAUAGAUGUGUUCUGGUGUGUCAUCAUCCUUCUGGUCAUGUGCCUCUUUUCCGCCAUCGCAAGGAGGCUUGCUAUGUACCAGGAAAUGGAUUCAGAGGAGGAGGACUGUACAUCUCAUGGUGGAACUCUCCCACGGCGGGACAGCGUCAUCAGCCACCAGAGUGGAAAAGUGGUGUUGCGAUCACAGAGCACUAAAUCUCACCGUCGCACCGGGAGCAGAGCCGAAGCCAAACGGGCCAGCAUUCUGUCCAAACACACUGCCUUCAGCAGUCCCAUGGAAAAGGACAUUACUCCAGAUCCCCAGCUCAUGGAUAAAGUCAAUGAGUGCAGCAGUCAGAUGGAGUUCAUGCGUUUUCACAGUCAGUCCCUGAACCAGAUCCCACCUGACCUGUGUGACGUCUUUGACUUUUUCAUUGCUCUCACUAUCUGCAACACUGUGGUUGUGUCCUCACCCAAUCAACCCCGGCAGAAGGUGCGUCGCUACGAGUUGAAGUCUCCAGUGAAGACCAUCGAGGACUUCAUCAAGCGCUUCACUCCGAGCCGCCUGACCUCUGGCUCCAACAACAGCAGCUCCUCCAGUCUAGCCACCAAUCGCUCGUCCUCCCAUAAAGUGGGCUGCAGCAUGCUGUCCACCCCCUCGGCCGAGAGCACGCUCACAAAGCUGAACGAGAAGAAGCGUCUGGAGCAUGACCUGCAGCAUGCCUUCAGCCCCGGCCCACCCAACUUUGAUAAAACAAAAGCUUUGGCUCAGGAUGAAUGCGAGCUCAGAUAUGAGGCAGAGUCACCGGACGAGGCAGCGUUGGUUUAUGCAGCCCGGGCCUAUAAGUGUGCUCUUGUUGGCCGUUUACCGGAUCAGGUGACCGUGGAGCUUCCACACUUGGGCAAGCUAAGCUUUGAGCUUCUGCACACACUGGGGUUUGAUUCCACAAGAAAAAGGAUGUCAGUGGUGGUAAAACACCCGCUGACUGAGCAAAUCACAGUUUACACCAAGGGUGCCGAUUCGGUCAUCAUGGAUUUGAUCAGACCAGCCACAGAUGAUUGCAAAGGAAAACGACAAAGGAAAAUCUUGUAUAAAACUCAAAACUACUUAAAUCUUUAUGCUGCAGACGGUCUCAGGACACUCUGUAUCGCCAAAAAGGAGGCCUGUGCUGUAUUGCUCAAGAACAGUCUGCACUACAUCCAGACCAAGUUCCUUUGCAACCCUCGACCAGAUCCUCAAGCAGCUAGAGGCUAUGCUGGCAUCCACUUCUCUUCUCCGGUGUGUUCCCCGGCCUCCUCUGGCCACUCCAGCCCCUUCCUGGUGCACCGGCUAGGGCUGGUGAUCGACGGCCGGACCUUGGCCUACGCACUGGACAAGAGUUUGGAGGACAAGUUCCUGGCUGUGGCUCGAAGUUGCAGGUCCGUUCUAUGCUGUCGCUCGACGCCCCUGCAGAAGAGCAUGGUGGUCAAGUUAGUGCGUAACAAGCUCAAGGUCAUGACGCUGGCAAUAGGUGACGGAGCUAAUGAUGUUAGUAUGAUCCAAGUGGCUGAUGUUGGGGUGGGGAUCUCUGGACAGGAGGGCAUGCAGGCAGUAAUGGCCAGUGACUUUGCCCUGCCACGGUUUCGAUACCUGCAGAAGCUGCUCUUGGUUCACGGCCAUUGGUGUUACUCUCGUCUCGCCAACAUGAUCCUCUACUUCUUCUACAAAAAUGCUUCACAGACGUGGAUGAACUGGGUGUCGAUUGGCUUCAGUAUAGCUCUCUUCUUUACUGUGGCGCUGUGCUACAAUGCUUCCUGCCCAACCUGUUUCUCUCCCUCCAACACUUAUUGGACCAUGCAGAGGCUGCUGGGAGAACCUAUAUUUUACCUGCUGUGUGUUGUCACACCUAUUGCCGCUCUUCUUCCCAGAUACUUUUAUAGAGCUUGUCAGGGAACUCUAUUCCCAAACCCUGUCCAUGUGGGAAGACAACUGGACAAACUACCAAUGGACAUGCGCAGGAUCUUCCUGAGUCAGAGCCAGAUGAAGCUGGGCUCCCUCGGGUCACUGUUUCCCCCCCACGCCCCAUUUUUCCCUCUCUGCAGGCCCUUUCAGAAAGACUACAGGCCCAGGGUAAAGCAAGCCCACAUGAGUAGCACCAAAGAGAAGGAGAAAGCUAUAUCCAGCCCCAUCCCAUCAAAGAGCAUGGAGAUGCGGGACACACCUUUAAGCUCAAAAAACUCUGACAACCAUAUCACACUCCACUUCAGAAUGCAGGAAAAAGUUCAGUCCUGCAGACAGGGCUCAGACAGCCCUCUAUCGGAGAACUUGCACUGCGUGAAGGAACCUUUGAGUCCCGCUGCAGGCACUCUGCCGUACACCAAAGACACUCCAGCCUCCAGGACUAUUUUGGAUAGCACAGGCUUGGAGGCCCCACUGAGCCCGACAGACCUCUGUCAGAUAGGGUUGCUCACCUCCACUCCCUUGCUUCCUCAAACAGAGACUAUGCAGCUCACGAUGCCACCCAGCUUUUUUGGGGGGCAAAAGCUGGAAGACGAAGACCAAAAGUCUCUACUGAAACAGGCCGGGGAUGUGGAUCACAACCAGUCAACUAGCUGCCUACAAGAACAUUCACUCAAAACAACAUUUCUAUGAUGCUUUCUACCUUACGCUGAUUCAAAU